CGGCUUUCCUUUGUGUUCGUUCCAUGUUCGUUCUGUCGUUAGGGAUGUGUUGUAUUGUAAACGGUAACUCAUGCAUAGUGAAACGUCAACUGCGUCAACAAUAUGUCAAAACUGACAUGAUUGACAAAUCAAUUCGAAGAAAGUGUUUGCUUGAAUUAUUAUUUUGUUGUAUGUUUAUUAAAUCGUUUUGUUAAAUAAAUAGGCAUAUUGCAAUGUAAAUUAUUGCCUACUUUAAAUCAUAUUAAAUAUGUCUCGCCAAUUUGAAGCCUGUAGUAUUGUGUCGAAUAUGAAUAAAACAAAAAUGGAUCUGAAUCAGCUUGUAAGCAAGAAUCAAUCUAUCAAAAUUGUUCCUUCUGUCGAAGACUCCUUGCGGGCUACUGGUUUAAAUGUGGAUCUUGACGACAACGCCAAAUUAUGGUUCCAGCAGCUUAAAAUAACAUGGAAAACAUGGAAGAAAAGUGCAACUAUAGAAAGCCACAUAGAAAUGUUUUUUCAUUCAUUACCAGACCCACAUAGGGUAGCACUCGUGUUUACCAUAAAAUCCGAAGACUUUAAAGACUGUAAACCCAAAACAUUGCCGUAUUUUAUUAUAGAAACAUUACAAAAAUGGUCACAUGUAAAUGGAGUUGUACCCGAUGAAUCUUUAAAACUACCUGCAUUUCGUAUCGCUAUUCAACAACGUAACCAACAUUUCCUUAGCUUGAUGGUGAAAACCUACCAAGUUGCUACUAUCAAGGAAACCAUCUUGCCUAUAGUGAAAGACAUGAUUAGGGAUGAUAACUGCAGGCAAGCUUCUCAUAUAGUUAUAGCCAUGGAAUUGUUUGAAGAUAUACCAGUGCAAGAUCUUCUUUUCCCUUUAAUUUUGCAAGACAAAACUAACAUGAUUGAUGAAUAUUUGGCAGAGUGCCCCAACCAAGUCCAACCCCUACUACAGUUUCUGGACAAGCUUCUAGAUAAAACUGUUAGUAUUCGUGACUAUGUACAAAGCUACAUAGAAGAAAAUAAAAUUGGUCAUGUUAAGUAUGACAAGCUACACUAUAAGCCACUUGGAAAGUUAGUAGCGCGGUUGUGUAAUAAGUUUAAUGUUCCCAUUGAGUCAUGCAAGAAUCUCAGCAAGAAUCGAACAACUGGAGGAUUGAGGUAUUUGAUACAUCAAAAGUAUCAGGAACACAAUGUCAGUUCCUCAGUCUGGGAUGACUUAGUGAAAGACUCCUUGAAACAGAGUGCUGGAUCUGCUCAGGAAUUUAUUGACAUGUUAGUUGACUAUGACAAAAAAGAAGCCCUGAAAUGGGCUCAAUACUUAAAAUUACCUGAAAAUGACUUACCCCUUGCUUUGAGAGAUUUAUCAUUACAAGAGACAAAUGAUGAAGAUGAAGAUUGGGAUGCACCACUAAAAAAUGCUACACAAUCAUGUUAUAAGCUUUCUAUACCAGCUGAUCAUAUAAUUAUGAUUGACACUCCUGAGAAAUUUUAUGACCUUAUGAAUUCUGAUAUAGUGAAAUGUAAUGUAGUAAGCAUUGAUUGUGAAUGGAAACCAUCAUUUGGAGCUACACAAUCUCAAGUUGCACUAGUACAAAUUGCUACACUUAACCAAGUCUUCCUAAUUGAUGCAUUAAUUUUAAAUAAGCAACAGUAUUCAAGUUUUUGGUACACAUUCCACAAGUCCUUUUUAGAGAAUGCUGAAAUCAUUAAAAUAGGAUUUGGACUCGAACAAGACCUAAAAGAAAUGAAAGCUACAGUAACUGGACUAGGUAAUAUUAAAGUAAAAGGGGAAGGAUUACUAGACUUGAGCCUUUUAUGGAAGAAUCUCAUAGACUGUGGACUGACCUUAUCUGGCAACAGUGAUAAUGUAGGUUGCAGUCUCAGCUCCCUUGUGCAGUCAUGUUUUGGAUUACCUCUUGAGAAAUCAGAACAGUGUUCAAAUUGGGAGUUAAGACCACUUAGGGACACACAAAUAAUGUAUGCUGCCCUUGAUGCUCAUGUGCUUGUAGAAAUAUAUUACUAUUUGCAAACAUUGAGUCAACAACAGAAUAUUAACUUUGAAGAAAUUUGUAAUGAUGUUAUGUUAGAAGGGAAAAAGAAGUGUACAAAGAAAAAAGUAGUUGAUAAGAUUCAGGCUGUAGAUUGCAACAAGUCUGUGAAGGAUAUGAAAUUUCUAGUUGAUCCAACACUAUCCAAUAUAAUGUGCUACUUGAGAUAUUGUGGCUUGGACACAACUGUGAUGUCUACCACCAUGUUGUGGUAUGAUGUAAUAAACUUAGCUAUAUCCGAGGAUCGUCUGAUCCUAUUAACUAAAUUGAAGUGUACACCAACUUCAAAUUUUCCGCAAAAGUCUAUAUUAGAUGUAGGAAAAGGUAGUAUUAAGGAACAGCUUCAAAAGGUUCUUAGCAACUUUAAUGUAAAGAUUAAAGAAAGUGAUUUCCUAAGCAGAUGUAUAAAUUGUAAUAGCCAAGAUAUGGUGAGACUAUCACCAAAUGAAAUUUGUAACAUCUGUGUAAAUUAUGAGUCUAGUAGUAAGAAUAUUAACACCAGGUACCAAAGAGACAGUGAUGAUGAUGAUGGCGAUUUCAAAAAUUUUCUUAGUGAUUCAGAUUGUGAUGAGGAUUACUUACAGCCUGUCCAAGCUGUGUACAGCAACAAUACAAGUUGUGUUACCAAUAGAGGUGUGGCUAUCGAGAUAAGUGAUGUUCGUAAAUUGACAGAAUCUCAAAAACCAGGAAUAUUGUGUCAAGCGUGUGGAAAAUUGUUUUGGGAAGGAGAUCCUUACUUGCAGUCAGUUGUUAAUGUAGUUUUUAGUGUAAUAAAGUUCAGUAACUGAUACACUUUUACGGAGGGGCGGAUGCACAGUACAAAUAAGUAAAACACUCAGCAAUAAAAUAAACUGUUAUAUAUUUUUAAUUAAUGUGAACUUGAAAAUACUAUUAGUUACCUAGAAUUGUAUAUUUUCUUUAACUACAUUUAUAGUAGAAGUAAAACAAGCAAGUGGUAUGCAAUGCUGUAAGUGUUAAUAUAAAAAUGAGGCACACUUUUUAUACAUAAUAUUAUAUGAGUGAACUAUAAUGCAUUGUUACAGUUUUUUAUUACAUUUAGCUAUUAACUUGGUUCACUUACUGUAUGUACAAAAUACAUAGUAAGUAGUUUAUACAAUAAUCAAUUAAAAAUAUAGUAAAA